CGACGCGUGCGCGGUUACAAUUCUGCACUGACACAGGCGCAGCGCGGACACACGAGAAUUGUACAGGACAGGCAAUUUGCGAGCACCGGCGGCUCUCGGAGGCCGGGAGGGCCUCUCAGGCCCCGUAACCGCUCGUAAGAAAGGGCAAACCGCAGUCGCUGGUGUGCGCGAGAUACGUGCUAGCCUUAAAAGACUGGGUCUGCACGCCUGCGGCGCGUAUGAGCUGCACAAGUUAGCUGCCUGUAGGCUAGUGUGUUACAGGUCGCUAGCUAAUCGACGCGGUAAUUGGCUGGGCGCCAGGGGCGCCACACUGGCGGACAAGAUAAUACUCGUGGACCACUGACAAUCGCCCUGUUGUCUGUAGUACGAGCGCGAACCGGUUUCGCCCUGCGACAGUCUGAGACUGGUAUAGUCAGACUUUUUUUCACAGCAAGACAAUUCCACACCGCGGCGCGACGCCAACGAAAUACUCGGCGAAAAUGCCCCAGUUCUACGGCUCCCAGCGCCUCUUCUGGUACCUCAUCGUCGCCGUGACGCUCAACAGCGCGUCGCUAGGCGUCCUAACGUACUUCCUCUACAUGCGGGCGAAGGCCGGUAGCACGGCCGUGUGGCACUUUUUUGCUGUGUUCGAGCGCUGUCUGCCGGCGUGGUGGAAGGAAAAACGGCUCGAGGCGGAAAGAGAAUCCGUGGCGCAACUCGUGACGUCGGCAAUCGCCCUGGGCUACCUGCUCCAUUCCCUCACGUUGAUCAGCGGUCCCGCCCUGUUUGACGACGGCGAUCCGAGCGUGAGGAAGGGCGGCAUACAUACCACAUGGCCGUGCUCCGUCGUCGGCGCGUUCGAGCAGUAUUUUUCAUUGCUGAGCGUCGGAUGUGCGGGCUUUCUCGCGCCCUACAUGAGCCACAAGCUUGUUGUCCAGCACAAGCGGCCGGAGACUGUAGCGCGGACGCUCGGGAGCCGCAUCACGCUCAUCAGCACGGUGGCGUUCGCCGUGACGGCCUGCGUCCUCUUCGGGACGCAGUGGUCCCAUCACGGGCAGGUCUUCGGUCCCUCGGGUUGUUGGUGCUGGGUCGAUAGCGGCAACAGGCGGUGGACGCGAAUACGCGCGCUCGUGGUCGCGCUGGUUUCCUUCUACCUCUUUGUCCUCAUCGGCAUCAUCUACUCGGCCUGGGUCUUGCUCGAGAUGCGGAAAGAGGUGUCCGGGCUGCGGGCGCCGGCGGCCGAAGACAAGCCGCGGCUCGAGCGCAUCGGGAGCCUGUACCUGUCGGCGGAGACCGCUCGGGAGAACGUCGCGCGGCGCCUGACGAUGUCGAACGUCGACGCGGCGGGCGCGCUCGCGCGGGCCCUCCUCUUCGGCCACGUCUGGCUGCUGCACCCCGUCGGGCGCCUCUCCAUGAAGCAGUCGCUCUUCUGGCCGUACAUGGUCGAAGGCUUUGCCGUCCUCGCGUACUUCGGCCACGUCGCGACGCCGACGCCGGUCGCGUUCUUGCCCGUCGUCGUCCAGUUCGUCGGGCGCUGGGGCCUCUACCGUUUCGUGACGCACAAGUUCAACAUCGUGCCGGGCCACGCGUACUACGACGCCUUCGAGGACCGGAAGCAGCCGCUCGAGCUCGCCGCGGUGCUCGGGGGCGUGGCCGUGGCCUGUUUAGCAUGA